UGAAUCUUGCAUACUUCAUAUUUGCUGCUAUACAUACUGUAAGUAGCGAUCAGUAUAAAAAUUCGAAUGGCCGGCCAAGCCAUGGCCAGGGCUGCUGCUCACGAGGUAGCAUGCUUCUCGGCACGCCUCAUCAAGCCCUCUUGCAUCGGGAGAAGAGGUAUAGAUGCUCGUCUAUGCGGAGCUAUGCGGCCAAAAUGCAUGUCGAAUGCCAGCAAGACCCGGAAGUUCAGUACCAGCAUCUCAGCUUCGGCCACAGCUGUUGCACCAGAGAAGGUGGAAUCGCAAGUGGCAGUUGACACCCCCGUCUGCGUCGUUACUGGGUCUUCCAGGGGCAUUGGCAAGGCCAUCGCCUUGGCACUUGGAGCCGCCGGUGCCAAGGUCGUGGUGAAUUAUGCCAGCUCAGCGGGAGCAGCAGAAGAGGUGGCUGAGCAGAUCAAGGCCUCGGGGGGUGAUGCCAUUGUUGUGGGAGCAGAUCUGGCCAAGGCUGAGGACAUUGACAGGCUGUUCAAGGAGGCGGUGGCGAAGUGGGGGACAGUGGAUGUGCUGGUCAACAACGCUGGCAUCACUCGCGACGGCCUCAUUAUGCGCAUGAAGCUGCAGCAGUGGCAGGACGUCAUCGACACCAAUCUCACUGGAGUCUUCCUGGCCAUCCAGGCAGCCACAAAGGUGAUGGGCAAGAAGAAGAAGGGGCGCAUCAUCAACAUCUCCUCAGUUGUUGGCGUCACCGGCAAUGCUGGCCAGGCCAACUACAGCGCUGCUAAGGCCGGAGUGAUCGGGCUGACAAAGACAGUGGCGCGCGAGUUUGCAGCCCGCAACAUCACCUGCAACGCAGUGGCCCCCGGCUUCAUUGCCUCGGACAUGACUGCCGCCAUCGACCCCAAAUAUGAGGAGGCCAUCCUCGGACAGAUCCCCCUGAAGCGCUAUGGGCAGCCAGAGGAGGUGGCAGGGCUUGUGAAGUUCCUGGCCACAGACCCAGCCGCCGCCUAUAUCACUGGUCAGACCUUCAACAUCGAUGGAGGCAUGGUGAUGUGAGGGGGCUUUGUCCUGUUCAUUGAGCAGUAAUCAUGGCUAUUCGGUGCUGUGUCUACCAUGAGGGGCUCGAGAGGAUCUUGAGGUGGCAGCAUUCUUAUGGCUUUUGUGGAGAGAGGGACGCGAAUCGUCACAAGGCAGGCUCACUAGUUAGGCAGAUGCUAAGACAUUGCAAUAAAAAUCGAGCAUGCAUCGGCGAAAAGCGAAAUGGGAUGCUACCGAAGAUCCCUUGUGUGCAGAAAGGGAACCUGGCUUACACGUGUAUUUGUACUGAGAGAGGAGAGAAGUGAAUCCAGCGCGGCCAGUGCCAACAAUGGACGGCUAGUUGAGAGGUACUGAGUACCUCAACACAUGUGCAUAGAAAGUGCCACAUUGGCAAUCAUUCGUGAUGCGAUGCGACAUAACAUUGGGACGUGAGAGGACAGACAUCAGUGGAAUUAUGAAGGAGGCAAUUUCAAAGUAGUUGGAGUCAAAUGUUGUUGACUCAUGUUGUGCAAACAUGAGGCUGUGCGUCAAGUGUUGUGAUCACCUGAAGCAGC